UUUUAAUCGCAUCCCGUUACGCGAAUCCGCUAGGUCAUAAGCCCGGCUUAAAGGUGCUCCUAUGAAAUAGAUAGUGAAAUAUAAGCAAAACUUAUGGCCAUAACUCACUUAAAACGCGCUCUAAAAAAUUACACCAGGCCGCGGUAAAGGCAUUUAUGAGCUUAUACAUGAAUCUGUAUGUUAAGAGAAAACUAUGUACCAGAGAUCUCUUGAGUGAAUUCUGCGAAAACGACCGUAAGUACGAAAAUAAUUCCCGCUUUGACUUGAGUAAAUAUAUAUCAGACAAUGCAUCAACUCGUCAGUGUUCGGAUGCGAUUCAUGGGAGACGCUUCAGUAACUAAGAAAUCAUGAUUGAAAAAAAGUUUCCAAUCAUAGUGAUUUUAAUCGUGAUAAACUCUCAACAAUGGCUUCAGUUAGAAGCUCAUAAAUGCACUGCGGUAGAAGGUGCAAACAACUUUGGAAUCUACAGUUGUCGAGGGGUGCAAACUCUGAGUGAAAUAGAAGAGGAGUUGACAGCUAGUUGGCGGGGUAUUGUUGUGCGAAAUGGCGAAAAUGAGUUCCUUGAUUUUUCAGCGCAAUCUGGCGAGCAACUUCAAAAAUCGACGUGGGCGCAGAUCGUUGAAUUAGAUUUGUCGCAGUCUGGUGCUCUAAGUCUCGGCGAUGAAGGCUUCAGAGCGUUCGUAGCUUUGGAGCGAUUGAAUAUAACGAAUGCACAAUUGGAAGAUUUGAAGACGCACUACUUUCCCAAUGCAGCUAAAAUUAGGUAUCUUGAUGCCAGCUGGAACGACUUUCAAAAGUUGAAUGCAGCAAAUUUUCGACGCCUAUCGCAACUGAAAGUCGCAAAUUUUUCACAUAAUAAUAUAGGACUUAUCGAACAAGGCACGUUUGCGGAGCUUUCGCACCUGGAAUUCCUUCACCUGGACAACAAUGCGCUGACUAACGCAUCGAUUGGCGCCUGCAGUAGACUCAAAGAGCUAACGCUCUGCGAUAAUGCCAUCGAAAAGUUGUCCGUAUAUGACUUCGCUGGGUUGCCGCAACUACGUCACUUGCGUCUCACCACUAAUUCCAUACACUUUAUUAAAAGCGGUGCAUUCGAGCCUCUCGGAAAGUUGACUGUACUCAAUCUUGCCGCGAAUGCUUUGCAACGGCUAUCCGCUGAAACAUUCCGUGGAUUAGAGAAAGCGCCAUUGCAGUUCUUGGACCUGAGUUCAAAUGAUUUAGGCAUCUUGCCAGUACAGCUGUUCGCGCCGCUACGAAAAUUGCAAAUUUUAAACCUCUCCAGCAAUAAAUUGAUCGCGCUUCAAGCUGAAAUUUUCGAGGGUUUGACGGCACUACGCAAAGUUUAUUUGCAUGACAAUGAUAUCGACGCUAUUCGCCCCAACACAUUCGCAAACCUUACCGCCCUCGAAUCGCUGGAUUUAUCAGGAAACAAUAUACAGGUGCUGAAUGCAUAUGCUUUCGGCACAGUGGCCUUGCCGCGCUUCCAGAAGCUAACAAUAAAGACCAACAGCUUGAAGCACUUACAUUCGCUUGCCUUUGCUGCACUGCCCUUCAUGGAUCAUCUCUCGAUGGGCAACAAUGACUUGGCCAUAUUGGAUGUACGCUCAUUGGCGCCGCUGCGACGUCUGAGAAAGCUUCAUUUGGGAAAUAAUUCACUUGAAGAAAUAACGACUGAGUUGCUUCCUGUUCUAAACGAUGUGGCGGAGCUACUUCUGGACAAUAAUAAGUUAUCGUUUCUACCGCACAUGACUGACAGAGAGUUUCCCAAUCUGGUAAAGUUUUCUUUGGAAGGCAAUCCAUGGCAAUGCACCUGUCUGGAUGAUUUAUUCGUUUGGUUAAAUAAGAAAGAAGUAGAUUACUUCCGUCCACAGAGUCCAUUUUACCAGGGUGAAAGAGCCUUGUGUGUUGUAACGGAUAAAGAAGAAUGUGUGAGAGAAUUGACGACUGUAAAAAAUAGUGGCUAUUUAGAUUUUUAUGAAAUGACAAGGAAAAAUUAUUUUUAAAUAACCGACCUUUUUGUUUGAAAGCAUAAUAUUAAAAAACAUUUUUAUAUCUCAUCUAUUAUAUAAUGAAUAAAGCGUAAUGUUGCCUGUCUGAACGCGUUAAACCCAAAAACUACCAAUACGAUUUUAUUACGGGUUUUCAAAAGUGGACGGUGUAAUUCAUGACGGAGGUUUUCGCGUAAAAUUUGUUAUGGUUUAGUAUAAAUUGGCUGAAAUGUGGAGAUAAUAGUAUAUGAAUAGAAAGUGUUGGGGGAAAAAAUAAUGUCGAUGCCAUAUAACUAUAGCAAAACAAUUAAAUAAUUAAAUCUAAUGUUACAAGAUUAGUGUCAAACGAAUGAUGUUUGAGAAGGUUUUAAACCCAACUUAUUAGUUUUGCGAGCAGCUUCAUCAGAACUUGCAGCAGAAGUAGAAGAUUCAGUAUCCGUAUCUUGGCUAGUGCUUUUCCAAAUAUCUGAGUACAUUUGGUUUACCUCAACGAGCCUGCUAGGUGAUUAAUCAUCAAUUUGAAGCUAAUGGGUAUAUAAGUACAAAUAAAUUAAUUUUUCUAUGGUAAUUGGU